AUGGUAUCUCAAGAAACUAUCAAGCACGUCAAGGAACUUAUUGCAGAGAAGGAAAUCUUCGUCGCAUCCAAGACGUACUGUCCAUACUGCCACGCAGCUUUGAACACGCUCUUCCAGCAGUUGAAAGUGCCUAAAUCCAAAGUCUUGGUCUUGCAAUUGAACGAGAUGGAGGACGGCGCAGACAUCCAGGCGGCGCUGUAUGAGAUCAACGGCCAGAGAACCGUGCCAAACGUCUACAUCAACGGCAAGCAUAUCGGGGGUAACGACGACUUGCAAGAGCUGAGGGAAACGGGCGAGCUGGAGGAGCUGUUGGAACCCAUCCUUGCGAAAUAA